AUGCAUUUGGUGAAGCAGACCCAAAGUCACGCUUUAAAAAAUUUGGCCAGGUCGAAGCACAGAUGGCAGUGGACCCUGAUUUUGUCAAUUCUUUUGAUAUGUUCAAUAGUUGUCAUGUGGAUAUGGAUAGAACGAUAUUUGGAGAACCCUACAUAUAUUGUUCGGUUAGAGGCGUCGAAAAUGGAUACACAGUUUCCUGCUGUCAUGGUAUUUCCAGAAGUAGCAUUCGCUGGACACAGGAUCGAAUCAUUUGUGAAGCAGCUCAAAUAUCCACCAGGGUUAAAUAAAACCUAUACAAGGAAAGUGAUACCACAAUUGGCAGCAUUCUUUUCGCCGGACGUUACUUAUAAGUUAACCGAUUUGGAAAACAUUCAAAGUAUACUCGACUACAAUAGUAUCGACAUUGAAACAGCCGGACUCAACCUUACCGAAUCUUGUGAAGAGUCAAUCACACGAUGUCGCUGGCAGGGUGAUAUCGUGAAGUGUUCACAACUUUUCGAAAUGACCCUCACCGCUUACGGUUUCUGUUGUAUUUUCAAUGGGCGCUCUCUGAGAAGAUAUAUGAUGAACGAACAACUCCAAGACAAAAACCUAACGGUUGCCCAGAAGUUAUAUAAAAAUUCUGAUUUCGCGAAUGGUCUCAUGUUAGUUAUAAACCAAAGCCAGGCGAAGCCGUUUGAUGUUGAUAUUUCAUAUAAAUGGCUGUCUAUACACGGGUCCCAGGGAUAUAUUGACCUACCGGGGAAUGGGACGCCAAUAACGCCCGGAACUGAAUUGUCCGCAAGUUACAGCACUGAUGGACUUAAAGUGGACGAAGAGACGGUGAACCUCAACAAGGAUCUUCGACGUUGCAGAAUGAGCUAUGAAUCAUUACAAUACUUCCCUAUCUAUCAUAAAAAACAUUGUCUUUUCGAACGCGAGAUGAAAAUGGCGGUCAGCCUUUGCGGUUGUUUGAAGAUAGGACAUCUGCAGCUGCCUGGAGUUCCUGUGUGUCGCGCUCAAAAUCUACUAUGUGCUAGACAGGCUACAGUUUCAGUUGGCAAAUGCGAUAACAUCUGCCCAAUGACGUGCGACGCAGAACAAGACCGCGUCACUUUACAGACGUACGAUCUGGAUCCCAACUCAUCUCCUUAUGACAGCUUUUAUUACGAUUUAGACUUUAGCAAGAUUACCAUCGUCAGGGUGCAUGCGUGGAAUCGCAAUAGGAAGAUGUUUUCCCGGAAGCCGUACUUUACUAGAUUCCAGUUGUUUGCGCAAUUGGGUGGCGUAUUUAGUGUGUUCUUUGGCUGCAGUGUUCUAUCAAUUUUGGAGCUUGCUAUGGUUAUACGACGCGCAUUCUGGACGUGGAUUUCAACACCAAGAAGAUUUCGAGGAUAUAAU